AUAAAAUAGUGAAAGUAACAUUCCAAACAAACAACGGUAUAGCUUUCUAUCCGCGUAAGCAUUUUAGUUCUUAUGUAUACUCAGUUAUUUUUCCUUAAAAUGUUUGACACGACAGUUGAAACAUGCAUAGUGAUGAUGAUCAAAAUUUAGAAUAUAUUGAAGAUCCUUACUUUAAUCCCCAAUAUUCGAGUGCUACUCCAAGUUUAGAUGAACCAGACUUGGAUGAAUACGAUUUAUUAGAAAACGAAUUAGAUUUGUUUGAUCUGCGUCAGUUGGAUUUUGAUGAGGUUAACCACAGCAGUUUGUAUUCGUUUCAAGAAGAAUCUGAAUCGGUUAAUGUCGAAGCUGAAUUUUUUAAUGUGAAACGAGCGAAUUCGAUUGUUAGGGCUUUUUUUAGAAACAAACUUAAAAAACAAGUGCGUGUAACAUAUUGUGAUCUUACUAAACCUUAUUUAGCCAAAUUACCAAAAGACAGUAAUUUUAAAAAAUACUUAGAUAUUAGUACUAACGAAGAAGCUAUGGCCGUGUCGGAGCACCCGAUCCCCGAUCUUUCACACCUUUCUAGUGAAGAAAAGGAAGAACAAGAACGACUUUGGAGAGAAGAACUGGCCACAGUUGAAGACGAAAUUUCUACGUUGAGAACAGUACUGGCAUCAAAAAUGCGUCGUAGCGCCGAAUUGAAAAGGAAUUUAGGUAUCACUGUAUGGAAAGAAGUUUCUGAUGACAUCAACCAAGGCAUUAAGAAUGUAAAAGAAAGUAAUGUAUACCAAACUGUAGAAACUAAAGUUGGUCAAGUAACAAAAGCUGUAACAGAUGCUCCAAUUUAUCAAAAAACUUCAUCGGUUAUAGGAGGUAUAGCUGGAAAUAUCACUAAUAAAUUAGGCCAAAUGCGACAUUCCGAAUCUUUUAAAUCUUUUGAAGAAAAAGUAGGAUCUGCAUACGAGAACGUUAAGACUAAAGUCGUAUCUCGUUCCGGUUCCAAUCACAGCAUAGACGAAGCUGGUAGAUCUCGUUCAGGGUCAUCAGUUGCUAGUCCAACAAUUCCCGAAGACAAACCAUUGGCGUAGGACGUUAAAAUCACUUCUUAUAUCAUUUAAUAUUAUUGAUAAUACGCCAGCCGGAAAUGCCUUUAUAAAGCUUGUCCAUAAAAAUAUUAGUGCUAUUUUAUUUAUAUAAAAAUGAUUUUAUUUUACUAAUAUUUCAGUAGAAGGGGCGAGAUGGUAUGUGAAAAUAAAAUUAUUAUAUUGGCCUGUAUUUUUUUCAAUUUUUAACACAUAUUCUAAUUUUGUAGUUGAAAUUAUUUUUUCUUCUAUUAGAUGUAAUAAAUAUUAGUUUUUGUUAUUUUCUGGACGUCCCUCGUAAUUUUAUCUAAAAAUAUAUAAUUAGAAUAAAAAUUAAAAAAAAUCGAGUCUAUAUACAACUUUUUACUUAUCAUUUGAAAGUUGAUCAACAAAAUCCACUUUACUUUGCAACCCCAUUGAAUGUAAGCAAAUUCAACUAUUCAUAUAGUUCUACCAAAAAAGAAAAUUAACAUUUUUAUACCGUUAAUGACUUUCAUCAGCCUCAAUGACAAAUUUCCUGAAAAUGGGCUAGUUCUGAACAAGUAACAAAAUUAUCGAUUAUAUCGUUAGAAUAAUAUGAACUUCUUCAUUUACCGGCGCUACGGUCCUUUUAGAAUCAGAGCAUUCUCAACAAUCGACUGCCAAUUCUUUCUGUCUUGAGCAUAGUGCCUCCUGGUUGGAUCAAGUCCGCCUCAACAUCCUUUAACCGUCGAUCUCUCAGUCUCCGUCCUCCAGGAACUCCAUACAUGGCUCUACACGGGUGUCAAUCAGAAGGCUCCAAUCUCUACAUCAGACGCGCGGAUAAACGCCAUCAACUCUAGCUCGCCUUAUAUCUGUCUCCGCUCAACAUUCCCCCGAAUCCUCCACGCACCAUUCUCGCAAAAAGGGCCAAAAAUCUUUCAUAGAAUCUUAUGUUCCCGACAGUUCAAAACCCGGUCACUUGUCAUAGUCCAUGUCUCGCAUCCGUAUGUAGCUACGGGAUGGAUUAUUGUGUUGUAAAUUGUGAGCUUUGACCUGGCUGAACUGACUCUAGACCCAGUACAAGCAGUACAGUGAACUAGGCGAACUAGUUCUAUAGCACUGAUACUAAGCACAGCGCUGGUUCUGCUACAAAGAACGCUUUGGUGUACACUUCUAGUUAUGCCAAGAACAAAACUAUUUAUUUAUCGAGUUCGAUGACUGGUGGUUGUAGUAUGAUUUACAGAUCAUAUAUAACCUUUUUGUACGGAGUGGCUUUCGCCUAGUGUCAUUUUCACAACAGAAAAGCAACAUUUCAUAAUAAUUCUAAUCGUGUUUGUAUUGUACAUUCCUCCAUUAUAUUUUUCAUAAUCUCCUUGGAUUUUUAUUAUUUAUCUAAUAUUUAUUUAAAUUAGAAAAAUGACCUGUUGUAAUGUUGAUAACAUUUGUAACAAUUCUCUCCUCUGUCCAAACCCAUUUUAAUUAAAUUGAAAUAGUUUAUAGUAUAAAUAAAAUAACAUAAUGUGAUUUUAUAAAAAUAUUUAUUACCUAACAUUCUUAAAGUAAAGUUUCCAAUAGAAACAAACAACUUUCACGGCAUGUCUUCCUCGUUAUUUCUGUAAAUAAUAUAUUUAAAUUAUCUGUUUUAUAAAUAAAUAAUAAGAUCAAAACAAAAAGAUAAAAAAACCAUCACCUCGCUACGCUGCCCACAGAAACACAAAAACCAUAGCUUCUUAAGACACUUGAGAAAGCAACUCGCAAAUAGACAAUUCAAAGCUUGCAUAAAAAUAGAAUAAUUUAUAGUAAUAACAAUUUUUUUUCUAUAUUUGAUUUAGUUAAAAAGAAACCCAUGUGCCGAAGAUAUAACAUAUUAGUUCCUGCAAGACAAAAAAUACAUUGCAGUUUAUAUUAAUUUCGUGUCAUUUUUAAUUGCAGUUGUAGACAUUAGUUUUGUUCGAGGAUCAAAUUUAGAAUCGAUUCCGAAUUAGUUGGCAUCCAAUUUAAGAUCGCUGUAAUGCGCAUGCUCCAUUACGAACAAAUAAAGAAUGUUGAUUUACUGCGAACGAUAAACCACUGAAUUAAAAUUUUUAUCCCCUAAUAAAAACUAUAGAACUGCUAUGAGUGAUUCGAAGUCGAUUGACUCGCGAAAACGAAAUUUUUACAGAAUCAAUCACGUGAACAAAGCUAUAGUUACUUUUAAGGUUUGUUCUUGGUAGCCAUACUGAACGACCAGUUCAUGAGUGUAUAGAAUUAUUUCGAUUGGAUACAAAGAACGAUAUAGUGCAGAGAGCAAUGGAGCAUUCGUUAUAUUUGAGAUUAUGUCAUUCAGGCCUUAUAGUAUUAACAAUAAUAGAAAACGCUUUAGUACUUUUAGCUAGUUCUCUUGCACUGCUACUAAGAACAGCAACACUAGCGCUGGUUCUGCUGCAAAGAACACUUCUUGAACUAGUUCUGCCCGUGCAGCUGUCAAGAACAAGCCUAUAGUUUAACAACUAAACAAAUGUCAAAAAGGUCAGUUGAUUGGAGCGAAGACCAAGAAAGUGAUUUGCAGAUUGCUGCUUUGAAAAGCGGAGUGCUUGUGGAGGUAGAACAACAAGAUGUUUUUCUUUCCUAUUUAUUUGACUUUGCUUGUACACAUUUACUAAAAUAUCUCGUUUUGUGUAUGGGGAAAUCACCAAACUCGUAAAAAAAUAAAAAUGAGCUUAUCAUAAAACACCUUGACACCCAUUGAAUUGAUAAGAUUUCAAGUAGGUACACGAAUUUGUAAAUUUCAAGUGUUCUUGAUAAAUAUUUUAGAAAAAAAUAAUGACAAGAUAGGGGAAGGACAUAUAAAUUGAUAUCUAUAAAAAAUAAAACCAUCAUUUAAGCAACAACAGUAGAGAAACAUACCAAUCAAUUAUCAAAUGUAGUAAUCGACAAGGCUUCAAGGUGAUAUAUACAGUAAUCAUUUUAUUAUAUUACACAAUUUUAGAUAGAAAUCAAUGUUUGAAUCAUCAGCUGAGCUUCAUCUAAGCGUUCUUUAAACAAGAUAGCUUUGAUAACAAGAAAUAGAAGAAACCACAAAAACCACUAAUAGCAGCAAAAGAGGUAGGUCUGCACAAUAAUGACAAUAUAAAGUUCUUUGGAGCAAAAAAGUGUGUACUGGGCUUUAGUUUUGUUUGCGCAUCACGAUUAGAAUCAUUUCUAAACCAACUCAGAUCGCGUUUGUUUAGUUUAGGAAUCGAGUCAUGGUUUUAUAUGACUAUUAUAGAACCACAAAAGUUUAAGUACUACGUAUGAGCAACUCAAUCAAAUAAUCAGACCCUCACUGAUUCGAAAAUCUAAUGCUCGAACAAAGCUAAUAUAUAAGAAUAUUUUUCACAGAAUCAAGCAACAUCUUCCAGUUUAUUCCUUGUGGUUUUCUUGCAACCUGGUAAUCGCUUUCAUCAGCCAAAUGGCCCACGAUAGGGAAUAAUGCACACAGGAAACAUACCGAACAAAUCCUAUAUCAGGACGACGAAAAAUUAAUCAAAUCCAACAUUGAAUUUAAUAUUUUUUGCUAAUAAAACGUUAAGAAACGAA